UUGUUUCAAAUCAAACAUCAUUAUAAUAUGGAUAAUGCAGAUGCUAAAGGAUCUCGACGUCUCAAUCCUUUUAAUUGUAAUACAAACGAACAGCAGAGUCUCAUAUCUGCUCUAUAUGAUGCCCCAACCCUCACAAACUUCAGAGUGAAAGGUUUUUUAGAAUAUCUAUCUAGCGAUUAUUUCAGCAUACCCUUCGCACGCAUCAACGAGAAUUCAUCAGUGGAGGAGUUGAAGGAUGCAAUUCUCAAAUGCAAACAUAUGUUCUUGGCUUUAUCUAACGAGUCGUCGGGAAGAAAAGAUCGCAUAUUAGAUCGGUUGAUUCAAUUAAGGAGGAUUUUACAGGAUGUUAAGGAGUUCUCAGAUGUGUCGACGAAACCAAGUUCCUGUUAUUUUGGAUCUUCACCUCGUUUUUCAGAGCUAUAUUUAUUAUCACGUAGCUUAUCUCAGGUGUCUCUGCCAUGUUUGCCUUACCGAAUUAUGGGUCCUGAGGGUUCACGUCCAUCUAUGCACCAUACUCCUUUCCCUGGUGGUCACGAUUUCCAAAGUGUUUCUGCGAUGCGUCAUCUGGGUGGAACGUGCGAAUAUUGUAGGCACUCAAUUCGUGGUCCGGUUGGCAAAAUAUUACGUUGUCAGGCAUGUGGUGUUAUGUGUCAUUUUGAUGGAUGUCUUAAUAGCCUAACACGUCGGUGUCCAGGUGCAUUACUUUUUCCUGGUACUAGUACUAAACACUAUAUGGGAUGUCGGCGUUUGCGAACGGAAAGUGAAAGCGGCACUCAUAAUAAUCCAAAGUUUCAUCUUACUGGAGUUACUUUAUUUGAUACUAGACGUCGUAUUUCAUUUAAACAUUUGGAAGUUUCCAACUUAUCUUUUCUUUCGGCAGAUCUAACUUUACAAUCAUGGACUUGUGCAGAAUGUCUGAGAUCCAUUGAUUUUACACCAUCAUAUACAGUUUUAUCAGGACGUUUGAAUACACGUAAUCUGGGUAAAACGAUCAAUGAGGUCAUUGAAACGGGUAUUGGUGUACUUAUUGGAAAAGCUUUUCAAGAUAUAUUACCAAAACACAACUCUAUAGAUCACGUGACGUCUUACCUAAGUUCUCAACAAUUGUCUUUGCCUACCUAUUUAUUGAAACCUAUUUCUACAGGACCAUCUGUAGUAGGAUCCAAUCAAUCAACUGAUAACCUAAAAAAAUAUGCUGCUUUUGCUUCUCAUAGCGCUUCUGAACCAAUCCAAACAUGGUAUGACGCGUUUGUUAUGGAGGCAUUUGGAAAAGUCAGUCGUCGGAUUUCAUCAUCCUUAUUUAUCAAAACUCAAAACGGACGCUUAACGAUAGAUAAACAAGCAAGUGAGCUAAAUGUAUUAGAGAAUUAUGCUGCAGACACUGCAUGCACUAUGGAUUCUGCUCGUUUAUGCUACUACUCAGGAUAUUUUUAUUGUUCUAGGUGUCAUUGGGGAGAUACUCACCAAAUUCCAGCUUGGAUGUUUGUUCUGGGUGAUUAUGAACCUAAACCGGUAUGUCGAACCGCGUAUUUGUGGCUAAAUUAUGCUUGGUCACGCCAUUUGUUCCGCGUUCCUGUAUCGUGGUAUUAUCAUGAACCGUUGGCCAGACAAGUAUGUUCUAUUCGUACUAGGAUUUUCAGACUACAACCAUACUUCAAUAUAUGUUCAGGUGCAAAACUCUGCAGUUUAGAUCUUGAAAAAUAUGGUCUUGAGUGGUUUCUUGAGCAACCGUAUACAUUCACCAUGGAUUUAAUAAGUCAAGUAUUGAAUGGGAAACUGAUUGUACAAUUGACAAAUUUCUUAUCUAAAGUAAACGAACACAUUGAGAAAUGUCAGGUAUGUGAAACUCACAUUCCGAGUUAUUGUGUAGUUUGCAAUGAGGGGCCUACACGCCCAUAUCAUAUGAAAAUGGCGUUUUGUAAUCGAUGUAAUAAAUCGUGUCAUCGAUCUUGUUUGUCCGUGCCAUUACCCAUCUGUCUGAAAGAUACCCCAUUCUAUGUGGAGAUCAUUAGAACGUACGGAUUAUCCGAAUUAGGUUUUGACUGGAAUGAAGCUGAGGAUGAGUGGAUUGAAGUACUUUAUCCUUCCUUAUGUGUGCUAUGCAAACAAUGUGGUUUGCACUGAACUAACAUCAUUGUUUAAUUCGAUGGACAGAUUUUUCAGUCAUAUUCGUGUUAUCCUCGAACACUGUUUUCAUGCACUUCCAUUUUUCGAUUGCAUAUUUUCCAAGAUAUCGCUGUGUAAUUUCUUGAUUCGAUGAAUUUGUAUAUAUUUGGGAUAAACCUUCUUGUAGGUAUGCAUGAAUAUGUAGUGUUUUGUCUCCUUAAUUCUACAUUUACUUUCACUGAUUUCAUAUUGUUUUUCGUAACUGUACUUAAUAAUUUUGAUUUAAUGCACUCCAAUAAAGUAAAUAUUAUGGCUGCUAGUA